AUGAGACACUUCGUGACCCCCCUUCUGGCACUUGGCUGCCUCAUUGGCAAUGCCGCAGCAGCAUGGCCCAACGGUCCUUUCAAGACUUCCGGUCGAUGGAUCGUCAAUGCCAACAAUGAGAAGGUCAAGCUUGCUGGUGCCAACUGGCCUGGCCACGGCGAAGUCAUGGUCCCCGAGGGUCUUCAGUACCAGUCCAUCAAGGGCGUUCUGUCAGAUAUCAAGGGCAUUGGCAUGAACGCCAUUCGUCUUACCUACGCCACCGAGAUGGUUGAUCAGAUCUACGCCAACGGUGGUAAGGACAUUGAUAUCAAGACUGCUUUCGAAGAGGGUCUGGGAAAGGAGAAUGGUACCAUUGUUCUUGCAAAGGUGUUGAAGAACAACCCUACCUUUACUGCCAAGACAACACGUCUUGAGGUCUACGAUGCCAUUGCUGCUGAGUGUCUUCGUCAACAGAUCUACAUCGAUCUUGACAACCACAUCUCCGAAGGCAAGUGGUGCUGUGGUGGCGAGGAUGGAAACACCUGGUGGGGAGAUACCCAGUUCGAUACAGCCAAGUGGGUUCGAGGCGGUGCCUACAUGGCCGCUCACGCUAAGAAGUGGCCCGCCAAGGUAACUCAGUCCCUACGCAACGAGCCUCGUGAGCCCACCAACAACAACAAGCUCCGCGACGCAUCAUACAACUGGAGUGACCUGUACAAGUACAUGCGCCAGGGUGCCGAUGCUGUUCACCAGGCUGACCCCAACGCAAUCAUCGUUAUUUCCGGCAUGAACUACGAUACCUAUGUCACCCCUCUCUACAGUGGCGAGAAGAUGAAGCCCCGCGGUGAAGUCUUCAACCGCGACGACUUUAAGGGUUACGGAAAGGACAAGCUUGUUCUGGAGAUUCACACAUACGAGAACAAGGGAACUAGCUGCCCUUCACUGCGCUACAACCUCUACAACAAGGGUUUCCAGGCCAUGAACGAGUCUGACCCCAAUGUUGCCGAGGUCUUCCCCGUCAUGUUGACUGAGUUUGGUCAAGCCAUGAACGGAGCGGAUUACGAGACUGCUAAGACUUAUGUCAGCUGUUUGUCCCAGUAUCUCCCUGAGAUGCAGGCCAGUUGGUUCAUUUGGGUUAUCGUUGGUCGAUACUACACUCGUCAGGGCAUCCAAGAGUUUGACGAUUCUUGGGGCAUGAAGAAGGCUGAUUGGUCUGGCUGGAAGAACGAUCAGUACAUUGAGACUUAUCUCAAGCCCCAAAUCAAGGGCACGUUGAGAUAG